AUUACAUAUUUACACUUGUGGCCCACUGAAUGAAGAAUAUAAGGACUAAAUGGACCCGAGUGUGAGUGCCCCUCCUUAGUUCGCAUUUUAGGCAUUGAAAACUAAUUGAAGGAGUUGCAGUCCAGCGUUGAUCAGAAUCAGAGCAUGGACGGGCAUGAUUCAGAAGACCCAAAGCAAAGCACUGCUGAUAUGACAGCUUUUGUGCAAAAUCUUCUUCAGCAGAUGCAACUUAGGUUCCAGACAAUGUCUGACUCCAUCAUUUCUAAGAUUGAUGAGAUGGGAGACCGUAUAAAUGAGUUGGAGCAAAGCAUCAAUGAUUUAAGAUCAGAGAUGGGAGUGGAGAGCACUCCAUCACCUGUGGCCCCUGCUAAGCCAAAGGAAGAAGAGUCAAACAAAGAAGAGGGUUCUGCUUGAGUAAUGUUACGUGUUCAACUGCCUUGUCUUUUAUUUUUGGGUCUCGUGUGAUUCAUUCAGGAUUUUGUUACUGUAUAUCUAGUGAACUCUCUUUGCUAGCUAAAACAUACUGUUCAAACUAUGUAAAAAUCACAGCACUGUUGGUUUAUUGUGUUUUUCCAAUUGAAGAUGGGCUAGAUUGGGUGCUAUAUAUUUGUGGAUAGUUCCUAUAUUUUAAAUUGUGAUUACUUUAUUUCC